UAAUUUUUUUUUUUAAAACAUUUUAAAUUUUGCUGAACAAAAUUUAAAUUGUGGCCGUUUAGUGUUCGGGUGAUCUCGUUUUUAGUAGGUAUAUAUUUUUCGCGUCCUGUUCCAAUCGAGGGCCUUUAAAAGUCCAAAAAUAAUAUCGCUGACAGUAUUUCAAUCGACAAAUAUUUAGAUCGAAUAAUAAUCUACCACAAAAUGUUUCAGCCCAUUAAUAUCUUGCGCGACAGUAUUUGGUCCGCAAACUUUGUAGUCGAAAAUAAUAAAACUAAAUUUUUUUAUCCGAUAAAUAUUUUGCCCGAAACGAGUUUUAGCUGUCGUCUGUCAGCUGAAAUAAUGCCACCCAAAAUAUGGUUCUUCUAAAUUAAAAUACAUGACCAAUAAACAUUUUUUCGGCUGAGAUGCGGUUCGGACACAAUAUUUUCGGAUUUUUUAUGCGCUCCCUUUCUAUCGAAGUGGUAUAGUCGUAGAUGUACCAAGACUCCAACAACAAUUUUUUAUCUUUGGCUAAGCACUGCCGCACUGGUCGUCUGUGUCGGACGCGCUGACUGAAUGAAAACGAAUAUUAAAAAGAGUAUCCGUUAAGAGGACGUCACACUCGCAUGUGUUGUAACUUGUAUCCGUUUCACGAACGUACAACAUAGCAAAAGCUGUUGGCGCUCGUAGUCUAAGCUAAGCGAUCAAAUUUUCAUACCAUUAAUAAGAGAACAUUUAGUGAUCUAAGUCGUUUUUAUUUUUGCGAUGUCUCAAAUACAACAAAAGUUCUUAUUGUUUAAAAAUUCAUUAUUUCAAACUUGAAUAACUUGUUCCUAUUUGUGAUAUCAGAAAAAUAAAAACUAUAUUGCCCAGUAAAUAUCGUCCUCUUUACAGUGUCCAAAUUUGGUUGCUCAGCUUGGACUUCAGCCCGAGUGGGUCUAUCCUUCGCAAAACAGUUUUUGCCUUGUACGUUUGUAAGACGGAGACGAAAUAAUUAAAAAAUCACACGUUACAAAUUUAAAAAAAUUAAAGUGAAAUUACCUGAGUGGUAUGUUUAAGCACUAUACCCGUUAUUGAAACUUACCCAUAAUAUAUUUAUAUAAACAUACUCCUAUUAUUUGAAGUACUUUAAAAGUACAUUUUCGCUGAUGGGAAAUCAUUAGACAAUAUAAUAUCAUAGUGUCUUUAUUUUUUAUAAACAUAUGGUUUCUCAAAAUAUGAACUAUUGGGCCUUAAUGAGGAAAACAUGUGUAAAAGUAAUCAAUUAGGGACUUAAGUCUUAAGUUGAAUAUAAAAAUAUAAAUUAUAAUUAACAAUUAAUGUAUAGCUAUAGUAAUUUGUAUCAUUAACCGGGUCGUUUUUUCCUGUUUACCGUGUAGUUAUUACUGUCGUGGCUGAUACCGUUCCGGUAUUUCUAUUUGAUUUUGUUGAACGAUGAAUACGAUAUGGUGUUUCUUCUCGCGACUUCCUCUCGUUGUUUAUGUGUACUAAGUGAUUGAUUGAUUGAUGGAAAUGUGAAAUGAUAAAUGAACUGCACUGUUAUUUUCCACAUCAGCCGGAUACAAAUGCAUAAUAAUUAUCAAUUUGUAUGCAACGGGCGCGUUCGAACGCCGCGGGAAGAAGACUAAAGACUGUCUUCAAAGAUUUUGCCGUUCAGUUGGUCACACCUCCGAAACGUGACUACUGAUAAUCCCAAUAAUAUUGCCUGGCGGUUUCUGUAAUGAUUAUCAAAAUAUUGAAAUUCUGUAUUCUGUAGAUAUUCUAUAUUUCUAGUAUUUUCAUUUUUCAUUCAAAUUUCUCAAAUCUUUUGCUGAUUUCGUACCAUUUGUUUAAAUUUUCGUUCAAUUUUUUCGUCCCGUUUGGUCGACAAAAAUUCGCCCAGCAAAUUUAAAAGAAAACUUGAAAAUGUCGGGUAGCGAGAGUACGUCUGGUGGUGUGUUUCUGGUCUCGGUCGUCGGACAAAUCGAAAAAGCUCACUUUCCGAACUAUGACAACAUGUAUUGCAAGUACACUUUCGUCUAUGGGCCCGAUUGGGAAAUCGUCACCGGUAUCGAAGAAGGCAUAUCUCAAAUCGCUCAAAAGAGCCAAGACGAACGGCAACAGGUCGUAUGGAAUUUCCCAUUAGACGUUUCUUUCAAGAGUACCAAUCCUCACGGGUGGCCACAACUAAUCAUUAGUGUUUAUGGAUUGGACACUUUUGGGAACGAUGUUGUGAGAGGCUAUGGAGUUUGUCACCUCCCACUAGUUAAUGGAGAAUCUUUUGAAGAGAUGAUUAUGUUUGUACCUGAAUCAAGUUCGACAUUACAAAAACUGACUUCAUGGUUGACUGGUAAAAGACCAGAAUACGUGGAUGCACGGUUAUUAGCCAGGGGUGAUGGCCGAGAAGUGACUAGAGUCAGAAGUCAAGGAUGUGUUUGGAUAAAGUUUAAUGUUGUGUUCAAAGACUUUCAUCAUUACGGCUUUGAAAAUGGUAAUAGCACUUAAAUAUCAGUUGCUAUUAUCGAUGAUGAUCUGUGGAAAAUAUACCAGAAACAAUAUUUGGUAAAAAAAAAGUCCCAAUCAUAGGAAAAAAGUUUCACCUUGGUUUCUUCAUACAAUCACUUUAGUAGGGGUUUACUAGGGAGCCACCAAACAAACAAUACAACUGAAGGAUGGACAAGUCAGUUUCAAAAGCUGUGUACAAAUAAUCACUUAAUUAUUGGAACUUAGAUAAAAAAAUAAAAACGGUAAUUUGUGUGGAGGGAGCAAAAUUAUUUUUUGAUGUCAUAAAUUUGAGUAGCAAAAAAACUAGGACAAACUCAUACCGUGCAAUAAAAGUGUUGACAAAAUUCCUAUUAUAUAAAAAUACAAGCAGAUUUAUUAAAUUGUUAAAUUUUUCAUCAUCAUUAAGUCAUAAAUCAUAAUAUAAGUAAAAGGUGUGAUUUAAAUUGAAAACUAACUCUUGUUUUCACUCAUUUUAUCUUUGAGAGCAAAAGGUAAUACUCAUCAAACUCUUUCUUCAAAAGGUACUCUUGGCUUACAAAAAAUAGAAACAACAUGAUCUUUCAAAUACAAUUAAAAUUACUUAGAAGCACUAAAUCACUACUGACAAUAAAUACUUAAAUACUGAUGGAAACAGUUGACUAAUAUUUUCACACUUAAAUGAAUUAAUGUCAAAUUUUGAGGAUAAUAUGUCCAACUCCCCAAGCCAAUCUCUUCCCAUUUUCAACACAAUACAUUUUAAAAUUUUCACAACAAUAUUCAACCUGAACAUUAACGAUAAAAUAACCCAGAGGAAUGAUAAUAUAUUUAUUAUAUGCUCUUAAAUUUACAUCAGAAUUAUUGAUAUCUUUAAUUUCUGCUAGGUAUCUUAAGAUCUUUAAAAGACAUUUUUGAUAUCUAUGUACAGACAUUUUUUAAGUAAUGCGAUUAAAUAAACUAUUGUUUCAUCUGAUAACUGUUGAUGCUUUUGAAUUUAUACCACUCUGUAUUCGGUUUAGGAUGAAUGUAAUUCAAUAAUAAUAAUUUUCAUUCAUCAUAACUUUUAUCUGCUGUUUUUUUGGAGUGCAUAAAUCUCUCAUCAAUGAAUAGUCUUUAUUGCCCAGUAACGUUAAGAACAUUUUUUUUUAUGUUCAUAAAUUUCAUUAAACAAAAUAUACAGCUCAAACCUUUCCGUCUGCGCACAAAUAUCAUCCUCCAGUCUAAAUUAAGUGAUUUGGCUCAUUUGUCCAUUAAUGGAACUCUUAAUUCCAGGAUGGGUGACCAUCCUGGUUCUUAUUGACAAAUCCUCGCCAUGCAUACAUGUAUUCCAAACCAAUUGUACCCUCCUCCCUUACUAUUAAAAAUAACCACUCAGUGGCCUAUGUUGCUACGGGUUAAUUAAUAAAAAUAGGACUUAUUUUUUUAUUAAAUGCAACUGCAAAAUUGAACAACUGCAUAAAAAAACUUUUUUCCUAGCCUGGGACUUUUUUUUCCGAUUUUUAUCAAAUAAUGCCAGUGGUGAAAAAUGAUUAAAGCAUUGCCAAAACUUUAAAGACUUUUAUUUUAUAUUAUAUGAUACAAUUUUGUAGAGAAAUUAUUUUAUUUUAUGCAAUAUCAUGUCAUUACACACACACUCAUAACUUAUACUUGUACGUACAAUACAAUAAACUCGUACAUACUCAAGAUUAAUAAUGUUAUAAAAAA